CCAUAAUACAAGAGGGCAUUCAUUUUUGUUAUGUAGUUUGCUAUAAUAAUUCAACUUGUUUCAUUUUGAAGUGUAGCAGAAUGGUAGCUUGUUUUAUAUUUUGGAUUGCAUCUGUACGUUGUUUAACACCACACUACUCUUUAGUAAGUUAAGGUGUCUGAGUGCAGCAAGCUGAGCAUGUUGGUGCCACUGUUCACUGCCAUCUUUGCGCUGCUCCUCUACCUGUUUGUCAGGCUGUUUCACCUGACAACGCCCGCUGCGGCCCCGCUCAUCUACGCCAAGGACCAGUCCUCACAGUUUGUGCAGUCCAUCCUUCUCAAGUGUCCCACCCUACACCGACCCUACACACCACCCCUGCUGUGGGGCAAGAGCGGCCAUGCCCAAACGAUAGCCUAUGCCAAGAUGGGCCGCGUCAAUAUGCCGGUCCCUAGUGGAGUCAGACACACUAAGGUCAUGGCUGAUGGGGUGACCUUAACCUUUGACCUUCAUGAGCCUUUAGCACCACACAAGAGUGGAGGGAACUUUAGCAUCAUCUUGUGUCCUGGUAUAGGCAACAACAGUGAGUCUCCCUAUAUCCGCACCCUGGUGGAUUACGCCCAGAGGAGUGGAUACACUGCUGUUGUUCUCAACCAUGUAGGAUCCACAAAGACUAUCCAGCUUACAGGGUCUCGGAUAUUCACAUACGGUGGUACAGAAGAGCUGGGUGAGGUGAGGAGGGAGGUGGAGAGGCUGAAACCUGGCAGUGGGAUCAUCCUGGUGGGCUGCAGUAUGGGGGCCAACGUGGUGGUCAAGUACCUGGGGGAGAGGCUGGAGCAUCAGCAGGGCAUUCUGGGAGCUGUGUCCAUUAGUCAGGGCUACGACGUCAUCAAGGCCAAACCACUGCUGUUGUCAUGGAAACACCUGAGGCGCCUGUACAUCUACGUGAUGACCAGGAACCAGAAGAACCUGAUCCGCUGCCACCAGCAACAGCUGUUGAGUCAGGAGGUCAAGGCCAAGUACGGCAUAGACGAGGCUGCGCUGUUUGCUGCCAGGACAAUGGAGGAGCUGGAUGAAGCUUACACCAGGCGUCGCCAUGGGUACACCACCUUAGAUGACUACUACUACCACAACAGUAGCUGCCACUACCUGUGUAAUAUAAAAAUCCCACUUCUUGUGGUCAAUGCUGAAGAUGACCCUAUUGUACCUAAAGAACUUCUUGAGUGCCCACUGCAAGCCUCAAAAUGCCUUCCUCACAUGAUCUUUGCUGUGACCAAACAUGGCGGCCACCUGGGAUUUUUUGAGAACGGGAUAGUUCACCCAGACAGUCUGACGUGGAUGGACAGGUUGAUCAUUGAGUAUGCUGACGCCAUCACUGAACUCCACACCAAACAACAACUACCACACCAAGGCUCCAUCCACGACGACAACAUGGCUGGAGAUUACAUCAAGAAAAACAACAACACACAUGGCAAGGAGGACACCCUGUCCAAAGAUGAGAUUUUGACCAAUGGGAAAGAUGAGAUUUUGCCGAAUGGGAAAGAUGAUGCGCCUGUGAUAGCUUGUCUGAACAGAAAUGGAGUUGUAGAGUAGCCAGCUUUAGAUUCUAGCCCACUGAUUUGCAGCUCUGGCUGUUAGUUGGUGCCUCAGACAACAAUAGAAAGUUUUAUCAAACCCACUGAGCCCACAUACAUUUCAAAACUAUCUGGGUGAAGUGUUUUUUUAAACAACAUGUUUGAUAAAUUGUAACAUGAUGUUUAAAAAAACAAAUGAGCACCCAGAUGACCCAGAAGGCCAUGAUGAAACAAACAACAUGAACUUGUGUGAAACUCUCCAAAUUCUGUCACUUGCAUAGAAAACUUUCAGGCUCAACAACUCUGCACUGACUCAUGGUUUAGUCAUGUUAGAGUUAGUGUCCUUUAUCACAACAAGUUUGCAGGGGAUAGACAGAGUUUUCACACUACAAUGUAUUCUUCAAAACUUUUGAUGUAUCAGCUAACUGCUGUUUCAGCCAGUCACUCCAUUUGUGUACUGGCUUGCUGCAGUACUUCUAGUCUUGUGAUAUUCAAGGGCUUUCUUUUUACAUCAGGAUGGCUCAUCAGGAUG